ACGUGCAGUGCUAAAGGACCUCGUUGAGCAGCAGUCAGACAUCAUCAAAAAGAACUGGCAUCUUGAACCUUGCUGUUUGGUGCCUUGUGACUAUCUGAAGUAGAAUGCUAACCUCACUUGAUUAGUGUUAGUCCUUGAUUGAACCUGACCCUUUCUGUGUACACAGACUCUCAGCAAAAAACAAAAUAGUGGCCUACAAAAUGUGACAAGUUGCUUGUGCUGUAAGCCACUUCCAAGAUGUCAGUGGUAUGGUAUCUUUGGCAUGGAUGCAGCCAGGACUUUGGGCUGUUCACGGUGGAAACCGUGAAACUAAUUCCUGAAGCUCUCCUGAAAUCCACCCAAGCCAUCUGGCACCGUGCCAAGGUGAGCACUGUCAAAAACAUUACCAAGGAAGGAGAGUCCAAGUUUGAAAUCACAGCAGUCAUCCCUGGGACCAACCAGAUCUCCACAGCAGAGUAUGACAUGGUCAUUGUAGCCACGCCACUGACUCCUGGUGUAGGCUCUAACAUCGAGUUUCAGGACUUCAAGCCAAGUAUUGGGCCCUUUGGUGGACGGUAUCAGCACACGGUUUCAACUUUCGUCCACGGCCGACCAAACCCUCAGGCAUUUGGGAAGAAACCAGAUGAAUUUCUCCCUGAUGUUGAAACGACCUGCAACAUCAGCCUUAAAAUCCGCACACUCGCACAAAACGUUCCAGUGAAUACAACAGAAGGGGAAAGGAAAGCAGAAGACACGAGUGCGGCAGUGUACAAGAUGUUUUCUGGGGAUCUAUUGAGUGACGAACAAAUCAAGACACUGUUUGUGUCACAUGACAGCAAAGAGGUUGUUGACUGGCUGGCAUAUCCACAUUACACAGUUGACGACAACCUGCCACCUUUCAUCUUGAGCGAGGGAUUGUUUUACAUUAAUGGCAUUGAAUGGGCUGCCAGCGCAAUGGAAAUGUCAGUGAUUGGUGCUAAGAACGUGGCACUGCUAGCCGGUAAACACUGGCAAGGAAAUGAUUCUAUGCAAAUUCAUGAUGAAAAGCAAGUAAGGAAAGGAACUGUAGGUCGGUAUGAGCAGGUGAAAUCACCUAAACAUUCAAUAAUUCUCCCUGGACACAUACAUGUAUGUGUACUCCAAGAAAUGUCACAAAGCCUGUUAAUUGUAACAGUUCAGAUAAAAGGAACAUCUUUCAAAAAUUAUCUACUGUGCUUGAGCUUAACAGCGUAAUUUGUCCUUCAAGGUUUCAAAGGCAAAACCUUGUGAAAAAAGUGGUGAGGCUGCACCUUUCUGAAUCCUCCUUAUUCUGAUUCUGACUGUAAUGAGAGGGGUAGGAUUAAAUCAGUACUUGAACAAUUUUGAAGUCUUUCAUCAUUGGAAAUUUCUGAAGAAACAUCUUUUUUAAAUUUAAUUUGGAAUUUGGAUGAUUUCAAACAAUGACAAUUUCUAGUUUUUUAUGAAAUGCCUUUCAAUACAUAGCUUAUUUUGAGAUACACGCAAAAUGCAUUUGUUGCCCCUACGUUAAAUUCUGUAGUCCAGUUGCAGACUAAUUCAUGUAUUUUAGUUAAACAAAGUCCUGAUCUUUUUUUAUUGUAAGAAUGUGUGAGUGUCUUUCAAGGCACAGGAAUAGAUCGUACCAAGAACUGUAAAUAUUUAGAUGCAAAAAGUGUUGGAAGUGUAAUUUAUAAAGAUAGGAAUUAUGUAGCACACAUUAUCUCAUUUGACGUCAUCAAUAAAAUUGCAACAUU